AACGAGCGAAACGAGUGCGGAGCGCAAGCGAGGAAUUAUAGAGAAAGGCUGCGGAUAUACAUACAUAAAGACACACACAAACACACACAUAUGCGAACAGAUAUGCACUCUAUGCAUAAAUAAUUAAUUCAACGAAUGGUUAAACUAUGAAUAAUCAAAAAAGCGAAAUUGCGAAUUCGGCUGCGAGUGUCUAAUUGUUGCUGCUGUUGCUUUUGUUGCUCUGGUUUGCUGUGCCUGUGCCGUGCUUGUGAAGAACUUUUUAUGUGGCGCUGCACACGCAAAGUAGGUUAAAAGGCAGAGGAGAAGCGAACAAGUUAGCACGGUGGUUUGGAGGUCGGUCGAAAAAAAAACAACAAAAAUUUUUAAAAAGAAGGAGAAGGCAAGAGGAAAGAGAAUUUACUACGUCGCCUAGUAGUGGAAGAAAAGCUGACGCUGCAUGUGUGCGAUAAGAAAAGGGAGUGAAAAAUGCAAUGCUUGGCAGAAAAAUCUGAGAAAUAUUUAUAAUAGAGCAUAAAAUAAAAGAAGAAGCGCAAAUGCCUUGAUGACAAAAAUGCAAAAUUACGUUUAGUUUAAUUUAAAUAAAACCAAGUGAUAUUUUUACAAUUGCGGCCCACUGCUGCUGCUGCUUUUUGCACAGUACAAAGAAGAUACAAAACGAGAGGAAAAUAAACACAAAACACAAGCACACACACAAACACAAAAACACACACAUAGAUACACACGCAUCAAGCGCUUCUAUAUAGCAAUACAAGUAUAUGCCAAUUGAGUGCCUUAUAUCAUUUGAUAAUAAUCCACAAGGUGUCUACUAUGCUGGACAGGAACUAUCUGGCAUUGUCGAUCUUAGCGUUGAUGCCACAAAGCGUAUCAAAGGCAUCCAUGUCACCAUCAGCGGCUAUGCAAAGAUACGCUGGAUAAAAAAGGGCUAUCCGCGCGACAGUGAGCGCGCCAUGUGUCGUGCCUAUCGUUCGUAUUUGUCGUCCCGAUCGUAUGUGCUCGGAUCCUGUGCUAAUAGCUCGAGUAUUGACUGGAUCGCUGGCGAAUAUUCGUAUACAUUUCAUGUCAUAUUGCCCGACAAUCUGCCCACAUCGUUCGAUGGCAAAUACGGACAAAUACACUAUGAGAUCAUAACCACGAUUGAACGUGCAGGCCGCUCGCCGAAAGCAUUCAAGCUGCCAUUUACCGUGAUACAGCCUUUGGAUCUGAAUGCAGAUGCCAUUUAUAGGGUUCCCCUGGAGAUACUGGAUCGAAAGCGUUUCUGGAGCUUUUGCUGUCCGACGGGCCCGUUGACGGUGAAAUUCUCGACGCCCUACUGCGGCUAUGCGCCCGGCCAGAAAAUCCACUUUGUGCUGUACAUCAAUAACGAGUCCUCCAUUGACAUUACAGCCUGUGAGGUGAAACUGAAGCAGGAGGUCAGCUAUGAGUCGCAUGAUCCCCAGCACGAAUAUCGUUAUGACAAACAUCUGAUAGCACGCAAGCAGUUUGGGAAUGUUUUGCGCUGGUCCCGUAAGGUAUAUAGGGGCUAUUUGGAUCUGCCUUCUAUACCGCCCACAUCGGUGAAGCCCACUUGUCCCAUUAGCGUUAACUAUUCGAUUAAGAUUAUAGUCAAUCCGACGGACUUUCAUUGGAAGCUGAAACUUAAAAUACCGCUGACCAUUGGCAGCAUUCCAAUUAUGGAUAGUCCUGAGGCCCUGUUGCGAUUCAAUCGUCAGCAACAACAGCACCAAGUAGUUAGUCAAAAUUUACAAAUAUCAACGCAACGGCAACAGCAACAACAGCAGCAGCAGCAGCAACAACAACAGCAGCAGCGACAGCAACAACAACAGCUGCCACAAUUGCAGCAAAGUUGCAGCCAACAGCGAAGACAGCAACAACAAGAAUUAGGUCUAAGUAACAUUAAUAAUAAUACCAACAACAACAACAACAAUCAUGCACAUCAUCAGCAACAUCAACAACAACAAGCGCAACGUUUAGUCAGUGGAACACUGCCGAUUCAUUCAGCGACCCCAACAAAUUCAACGCCCUCGUCAACGCCAACGACUGCCGCCGUUAGGGCCAUAAUGCCUGCGAUAUUGGUGACCGAUAGUGAUAAUCCGCCAGACUAUAUACCCAUGAUGCCGCCCUCAUAUGAAGAUGCAAUGGCUUUAAGUGAAAAAUUUUACGAUGAUACCGAAUAUUUGACAAAUGUUAGCAUGAGCAGCAUUAUGUCAACACAGGGCGAUGUUACAAGUGAGCCCUUUAAGCCACGUUAUCCGGUCUAUUACGAUUAUGAGACACCGACCAUACCGCCCGAGACACUCUACGAUGAGAGCAAUUCGCAGCUGCGAAUCGCUUUGCAGCCGGAAGCAGCUUCGGAGGAGGAAACUACGAGCCCAGCAACUGGAACUUUCGCUAAAAUUAUGCGCUAUGAGAAGAAAUGAUAUGGCUACGUAUACAACAGCAACAACAACAACAACAACAGCAAUAUAAACUUAUUUAAUCAAGCAAAAUUGAAAUCAAAAUAUUACAUUAUUAACCGAGUUUGAAAAGCAGUGCGUCAGUAUAGCUUUUAAGUCUGAUAUGGAAUCUAAAUUGAACAACUUUUUAUAUAAACACGAUAGUACUACUUAUAUACAAAUAUAUAUGUAUAGUAUAUUUUGCGAAAAACGUAGCGAAACUUUAAAGGAAUAUAGCAAUUACUUGUAGUCCUACUAAAUUUAUUAACAACUUUUCACUAUCUUAUUAACUAUUCUGAUUUGAAAUCCCCUGUCCCUCUGACAUUACCUCCCGAACUCUUCCCAACUUUGCGACUCUCUCUUUAGUCCUCUGGCCAAAACCUUUUAUUCACCCAAUAUUCUGAAAAUUUUCCUAUCCCUUUUGAGGUCUGCACUAACAACAAUUAAAGGAAAUUUUAUAGUAAUUAAUUAGCGUACUUUUAGGCAUUAACUAAAGGCAAUUGCACAAUUUUAACUGAAAUUAAUAACCCGUUUACAAUUUCUAAAUGUUAGAAACAAAGUAAAUGCAAAGAAUUUAAAAUUCGAAACACCUAUUUGAGUUAGCAAUGAUUGAUUUGUAUUUUCAUAAAACAAUUAAUUUAAAUUAAGAAUAUAUAUUUAAGUACCACUGUACAGCUUUGUACUCCCUUUGAAACAUUAUUUGAAACUAGUCUACACUCUAAGUCUACUCUGUCUUCAAUUAAUUCAAUAAAGCAAUACAUUA